AUUCACCGGUUGUUUUUAGACGACAGACGACAGAAGUACUAAUAGCGCAAGAGCUGUAAAACGUAACUUGAACAACCUCCAGAAUCCAGUCAGUUUGGUGUUCUGUUUAGACUCUAUCAUCACCUCAACGCCGUUGAUCUCGAUGGACGCUAAAACAGCUAAGGCAAAGCUUGAAGCAGCUAAGCAGAAAUUAGGACGAGAUAUCCGCGUCUUCCAAACAUCAAUUGUUUCUCAAACUCAGAUUGAUGCAUCUAAUAAUAAUAAUGAUGAGGAAGAUGACAUGUAUGAGUUUACUCCCGCGGAUUAUUAUCGCGUGUUGGGUCCAAAAAAGCAAGAUAACGUCUUAAAGACUCGAAAAAUCCGAGAAGCCGAAGAGGCUGCCCGCAGGUCAAGAAUAACCAAGGCCGUAAUUCGGGUUCGGUUUCCUGACAAUCUCACAUUGGAAGUGACAUUUCAUCCAUCAGAGACCAUUCAGCUCUUAUUUGAUUUUCUCAAGAAUGUUCUCGCAAAGCCAGAACUCCCAUUUUACUUAUAUACUACUCCUCCUAAGAAGCAUAUCAAGGAUAUGUCCCAGGACUUCUACUCAGCUGGCUUUGCUCCUGGUGCAAUUGUCUACUUCUCACAGGAUCUGCCAAAAGGUGAUAAUGAAGUAAAUGAAUCAGGUUCUUUCCUUCAAGAGGAGAUCAUAUCAUUACAAGGAUUGGAACUCAUAGCUGAACAGGUAGAACCUGUCCAACCUGCCCCAGAAAGAUCAGAACCAGCAGUAGAAAUACCAUCCGCAGCUGCUAAAGAGCAAAAGGCCGCAGAUAAAAAGGCCGUCAAACCAAAAUGGCUGAGAAUGUGAUACUCUUGAGCUAACAAAUUGAGCUAUUUUAUAUCUUUCCAAAAAUACAUCCAUGUUUAAUUAUAUACCUUAAUAUUAGGUGUCUCUUGUAUAAGUGAAGAUUCAAUACCUAGUAACCUUUGUUGCAUGAAUGGACACCGGAGAUGAUUUGCCAUCCAGCACUUCCGUAAACUAAGGAUGUAUCAUAUGUAUUCAAGUGAGCAGUAUACCAUAAGCAAGCCUAAUAUUUUCCUGACAGUAUAACUUUUCUGCAUUGUACACUUAUUAUAAUCGUUUUCGUUCAU